AUGGUGGAGGCCGCCCAGAACACGACGGUGAGCUACUCCGUGGUGAUCAACCCCAGCAGCGGCCCGGGAGACUCGGCGGAGGAGGCGUACACCACCGGGAUCACGGAGCUCCUCAACGUUGGGGUCGAGGUGCUGUGCUACGUACCAACCGGCUUCGGGAGCACCGACGUGUCCACGGUGACGGCGGACAUAGACAAGUACGAGUCCUUCUACCCGGGCAUGUGCGAUGGAUAUUUUUUCGACGAGGGACCGGGCGGCGAGGACAACGCUUGGAAAUACACGGACUACUACAACCACGUACAGGAAGCGGGCGGCGCGGGCUCUACGGUAGUGGUCAACCCGGGAAUUCGGCCGCACGACUCCCUCUACUUCAUCGGAGAUGUAUAUGCCGGCACCAAUCCCGGGCAGGGGGGGCAGGUCGUCAUCACCUCGUACGAGAACAGUUUCCCAAAAUUUUACGACGGCAGCCAGGACUACCACAACCAGGAGGUCCCCUUCCCCCCCCGCUACGUCACCGACCGUUACAAGCAUUCUGUCAUGGUCUACGCCGCAUACUUCACUACCCUCCAAGAGGUAAACGGCUGCCCCUGCGGUGCAAAGAACCAGGCCAAUAUUUUUUCCCCAUAA